AUGGACCCAAGUAGCAGAAGAAAAAGAAUUGGCGUUGGAGGAGCCGUUGUUGCUGCAGGCUCUGUUUGGGAAACGAGAAUGCAGAGCGACGACGAAGUUAGUAAUAACGCCACUGUUAAAGCUUCCGAGGAAGACAAGAAUUCUAGUAAGGUGGUGAUGAGUUUAAAGGAGUCUCCUUUAGGGGUUAACGGAAAGCGACGGACUUGGAAGUCCGAUGCUGUGAAGAGCAGCACAUCAAUGGAGAUUAGUCGAGCCAAUUCAAUGAAGCUUACGAGGCCGAGAUCGAUUGGUACUACUCCUCCGGUGACGCCGAGGAGAUCAAUCUCUAGUGAUUGCAAUGAUAAUAAGAGUUUGACUGUGUCGGUGGCGGCGAAGAAGGCGAGAUCUGAUUCCGUGGAGGGAAUUGAGAAGACUCCCACUCGGGUUAAGAAGAUCCGAUCGGAGUUGUGUACUGCGAUCGUCAAAUCCGGUGAAUUUGAUUCGGUUACGUUGAGGAAAGUGAAUUCAUUACCAGCUCGUGGUAAUUCCGAGAAAUUCGAUAAGAAAACAGAGCAUGUUGAUGUACCGUCUGUGUCGGAACUUCCAGAAGAGAACAGAGAGGAGACUGUCGAUGAAAAGCUGCAGAUCACAGAAGAAGAAGUUAAGGAGUUCGGUGUCUGUCAGGAAAUAAUCGUCUCUUCCGCUAAUUCGAAGGAAGAUGAGCAAAUCGACAAUGGCGAUCACGAGGAAGAGAGAGAAGUGGAGAAGAAGAGUGUUGAUGUGAAAGAAAUGAAUGUAGCGAAAGAGAAUAGCAAUAAUAACAGAGUUUCAGGUGAUGUUGAGAUUAAAAAGUACAGUCAAUUUCACAACAGAACAUCUCCAUCUCCGUCGUCCGUUCGUAAAAUUCCGCCUCCGGUGAUCAAAAGGGCAACUUCCGUUUAUUCAUCCCCACCGAAUCCGACUCCAACCAGAGAGGAAGAAGUCAACUUUACUCAGCCACAGAGCAAAUUACAGAGUCUGGUGGAUCUGGUGAUGUGGAGAGAAGCAUCAAGGUCGGCUCUUGUGUUUGGCUUUGGAACAUUCCUCAUCAUUUCUUCUUCCUACGCCAACGAUCUCAAUUUCAGCUUCAUAUCAGUGGUAGCAUACAUGGGACUCAUUUAUCUCGGCAUCACGUUCGUAUUUAGAUCAGUGAUCCACAGGGGAAUGGUGGAGGAGGAAGAGAGGCAUAAAGGUGUUGGAGUGAGAGAGGAAGAUGUGAAGAGGAUGCUCAGACUCAUAAUGCCUUACUUCAACGAGUCUCUACUUCAACUAAGGUCACUAUUCUCCGGCGAUCCAUCCACCACACUCAAGAUGGGAGUAGUGCUUUUCUUCUUGGCCAAGUGUGGUUCUUCUAUCACUCUUUGGAACCUCGCCAAAUUCGGCUUUUUGGGAGCAUUUACAAUGCCUAAAAUCUUCAUCUCAUACUCAACCCACUUCUCUGCUUACGGGAAGUUCUGGGUAAGGAGAUUCAGGGACGCAUGGGAAUCGUGCAAUCACAAAAAGGCAGUGGCUUUGGCACUUUUCACCCUUGUCUGGAACCUCUCCUCCGUCGUUGCUCGUGUCUGGGCAGCAUUCAUCUCCUUACAUGAUGAUGCCUAA